CCGUCAGAUUUCGUGGCGCAGAGUGUGCUGUGCCACGGGUCAACCCUGAAGAGGAGGUCGCCGGAAGCUCGCGCAACCCGCGACCGGAAGGACGUGCAGGUCGCUUCCUGGUCGAACCAGCUCGAACAUCGACCAGAGUGAUGUCAAUGCGAGGAAGGAUCGGUCUUCGUAUCGUCUGACGAGAUGACCUUAACAGAUCAACCAUCGAAAGUCAAGGGACCGCCAAGAUGGCUGGACCCGGACCAGGUCCUUUUGGUUCAAGGACGCACAGGAGAAGACAUCGUCAUUGAACCGAAAUUACGAUGGUCUGACGUUUUCGACGAACUACGAUUCGAAUUAAUUCGCGAAGAUGUACCAAUACCGUCCGAUCGAUACCGCGUACAGAUGAGAGGCAAUGUCGUCCAGUUGACCUUGAAACAAUCGCAAAAGGACGACACCGGACAUUACGCACUGGUUGCAACGAGGCUCGGUCAAGGAUUCGAUAAAGGAUCCUCGAAGAAGAUACAUCUGAGCGUCGACGAACCGAUUUCGGAAGAGGGUGAUCCACCUGUUUUCCUACGAAGACUGACCGAUCUCGCAGUGAAGGUUGGAACUAGGACUAGGUUUCUAGUGGAAAUUCGGAGCUCAACCACACCGAAGAUCACUUGGCACAGAAAUGCAGAGCCGGUACACGCGGGUUCAAGAUUUUCCUUCGUUCACGAAGGAAAUUUCUACUGCGUCGAUGUCGCCCCUGUUACUGUCGAGGACGAAGGACACUGGACCUGCAUGGCGGAAAAUCGAAGUGGCAGAUCAUCCUGCACGUCUCGUCUUACCGUGAUUGUCCCAAAAGCAUAUAAAAGGCCAGAGUUCGUGGAGGAGCUUCGUGCUCUUUUAACAGAAACCGGAACCGUAUCGUUGGAGUGUAAAGUCAUCGGUGUCCCAACCCCGGUGUUAAGAUGGUUCAAAGAUGACAAGGAAAUAAAAGCUGGCGAUGUUUUUGCUUUAACUGCCAACCCUGAUGACCCGACCUCCCUUGGCAUUUAUACUUGCGAGGCAGUGAAUUGCAUGGGAAUCGCUUAUUCCUCUUCAAAAGUACACGUAGUUGGAAAGGGUAGCAGAGAAGGAUCUCUGAAACCUGCGGAUUCUUUGACACCCUCUGGUCCUCUUCCUAUUUUCACGAGAAUCUUGCAGGACGACUGCUGCAGGAUUGGAGAUACUCUUCGUCUCUCUUGCCAAGUCCAAGUACCACCAUGGCCGAAAGCAAUCACGUGGUACAACAAGGAAGGCAGAAUCGAACCCAGCGAGAAGUACCAUGUGAUGGAGGACGGCCUCGGUGGAUAUUCCAUAGAGGUGAACCCCGUAGAAGCCAUGGACGAAGGCGAAUGGAAAUGUGUCGCCACGAGUGCCGAAGAUAUGAAACAAUUUACAACUUGCUAUGUUGCAAUGUCCAUUCCAAAGAACUACAGGAAGCCACGCUUCAUGGAGAGCUUGAAAGCUGUCCUGACAGAAGAAGGUUUGGUGUCCUUCGAGUGCAAGGUCGUAGGAUUUCCCACACCUCUCCUCAGGUGGUUCAAAGAUGGCCAGGAAUUAAAACCAGGAGACGUUUAUCAAUUAACUGGGACCAACUCCUUAGGAUCGUACUGUUGCAUCGCGAGAAACUGCAUGGGUGAAGCGAAAAGCACAGCUGAAUUGACAAUCGAAGAUAUUCAGAAUCAGUUGAACGAAGAAGAACGCCUGCAACUGCUGACUACGAACCAGCCACCCACGUUCAUCAAAGGUCUAAGGAGCUGCGAGGCAAGAAUCAACGAAGAGUUUCAUUUUACCGUACAAGUCAGUAUUUCCCCGGUGCCAAGUCUCGCUUGGUACAGGGACGACGUGCCAGUCGAGGAGAAUGAAAAAUAUCAGAUUGCCAAGGAGAAUCUUGGCACGUGCCAUCUCGACGUAAGAAAGCUCGAAUUCGUCGAUCAAGCCGAGUGGAAAUGCGUGGCUUCCAACGAAUUCGGCGAAAGCGUCUCUUCCUGCUUUCUCAAACUAAUCAUUCCCAAGCACUACAAGAAGCCCAAGUUCCUCGAGAGUCUGCGCGCCAUUUUGUCCGAGGAGGGUGCAGUGAACUUAGAGUGCAAAGUGAUCGGUGUCCCACAACCGAUUCUUAAGUGGUACAAAGAUGGUGUCGAGUUGAAACCCGGAGAUAUUCACAGGAUUAUCUCGGGACAGGAUGGAACGUGUUGUUUGGGGACAUACACGUGUGAAGCUACCAACUGUAUGGGAACUGUCAGUAGUUCUGCGUCCCUUUUGGGCUUUGAAGAUAAAUUUCCAGUUCGCAAAGAAGCGAAAGAGCCCAUGUCACCCAAUGGCCAUGAACUCGCCCGGAACUUGUCCCUCUCAACGAUUCACGAGGAAAGAACAUCUCAAUUGUACGACACACCGCAAACUGACCAUUCCGUCACGUUAGACGAUCGAGGAGAAGUGUCCUUCAGCUUCGAUGGCAAGGAAGUUUCCGUCAGCCUGUACGAAACGCCUGAUCUCACGGAGGAAGAAGCUCUACAGAUCGUGGAGAUGUAUGCUGAUCAGUUAUCUGAGCACGUGACAGAGCACAACGUGAUCGAGCUGCCGCCCAUGCGAUUCGUCAAGGAGUCCUCCAACUCAGGAAACUUGUUAAUGGAGGCGGUGGUGAUCGACGUCUCCCCAGACUACUUCGUCAGCGCCGAAGACGGCGACGAUCUUCGAACCGAGGCUGAUUUCGAGGACGUAUCCAUAUUAGACGACGUGACUCGAGUAUUUUCCUCCCCCGAACGCGAUUCCCGUAGCUCCCUGAAAAGAUCAGCUAGGUACAGCUUAGAGGACGACGACAAGCCACCUUCGAGGCCGCCUCGGAAGAAGUCCUCCUCCUCCUCGAAAAGCGAGAAAAGCGAGAGAAGUCAGAAAAUUGAGUCAGAAAGUUUCCACAGUGCUCAGAAAGACGAGCCGUUCUCCCCAGUCUCUCCGAUGUCUCCGGUGUCCUCCUUGAAACAGGACGACAGCGACACCUUUGCUGACGCUUUGUCUUCAGCGAGGUUGUCUAUUUCUGAGAAUCAGCUUCAUAAACAGUACGAGGCCGAAGACCUGAAACGCAGUCUCAGUGCAGAGAAAACCGCUGGGUCCAGCAUAGACGACGGAAUAGGCGGAGACUCUUCCUUUGACUCCGUGACUGGCGUGCCGAAGAAGAAGAAGCACAGGAAGAAGAAGCACAAAAAAGAGAAGGGCAGCUCCGAGGAGUCAUCAGUCGGCAGCGAGCUCGAUGGCAAAAGACGAAGAAGCGGAUCAGCCAGCAAGUCCGAGAUGCACCAGCGUAUAGAGUCCAUAAACAAAACGGAAGAGCCCUACGUGGAGGACGUUGCCGAUAGAUCCAGCGAGAAGAAACCUUCGAGCGACUCUGACAAGUCCCUGUCGAAGAGUAACAAAGAACGGCUGCUUGACAAUAUGAAGAAGAUGAAGGACCCUGUUCUGAUCGUGAGAGACACUCUGGUGAGCAUCGACCAGUUGGAGACGAAGCUGAACUCCGAAACCGAAGAGCAGUGCAAGAUGAUCAUCACGGAAAAUAUUAUUAAACCCAUACAAAACUUGUGUGAAGAGGUGUCCUCCAUAGAGUCCAAGGCCCUAAAGAGUGCAGGAGACAGGUCGUUGACACAGACUGUUCGCAUUUCGCUGCUGGAAGCGAUUGGAGGACCAACCGAGGAGCUACUUCGGGGUAUGGAGUUGAUCAACCGUCAGGAGAACGUGAAGAGUCGCAAAACAGACCUGUUAGCUAUACUAGAAAGUCUGACGGACCCCGUAGAUGAGAUUCUUAUGGGUAUCACGAAGAUCGAGCACGAGUUGACGGGUAGAGCCCGGGGUGAGAAACCUGUAGCUCUCAUCAGGAUGACGUCUGCUGUGUCUAAGUUGGAUGAGAAUAUCAGGAAGGUUCUGACUGUGGAUAAAAAAGCUACGAGACUAGUUGCUAGCUUGGAGGAUAUACUGAGCACCUUAGACUUCUUCUUGAAUGAUGUAUCUGUGGACCCUGCUAAGGGAAGCAUAGAAACUGUGGACACUGUGGUGGUGGAGUCGCUGUCGAAGUCCGUGGAGGACAUGGCGAAGGCCCUGGGUCGUUUCUCGACCACGAAGACCGAAGUCACCAAGGUGGUAGACGAGCUUCUGACUCCCACACGCGAGCUGAAGGCCAAGCUCGACACCCUGAAGUCAGCGUUGGAGACUUAUGAAACCAAAGGCAUCUUGUCGGAGCAUCGAACAAAAUUAAUCGAGUCUCUACAGGAGUCCGUGGGGCAAAGCAUGCAGGAGAUCCAGAGAGUGAAGGAGAAGACAACGGAAGAGAAGGCACCGGUCGAUCAAGCUAAACCAGAUAUUCUGAAGGAAGUUAGGCUGACACUUCGCGAGGCGCUCAAGUCGUACGAGAACAUCGCUGGUACUCUCGAUCCUCGACUCUCCACGGUGUUCGAUCGAGUCGACGAGAUGUACCGAAGACUGAGGACGCCGCAGAAGAGGGACAUCAGCAUCGAGUCGCUGGUGAACCUGGAAGGUCCUCUCUACUCGCUGCAGUGUGCUCUGACCUCGAUGGCGCUCGUCGAGAACUCCCAGAUGGUGUUCAAACUACUGGAGCCCGCGAUAUCUCAGCUGAAGUCGACCAUGACGAGUUUGGACGAGAGCUCCUUGAAGCCUGCGCUGGAAAUGUUGCGCAGCGUCGAGAAGAUCGUCAGCGGAACAGCCAACGAAUAUGAGGAGACGAUUUCUUCGAGGUCCGCACCGGAUGAGCCUCAAACUCUGACAGAUAGGAUACUAGAUCCUCUGAUCGACGUGCAGUCCGCUCUCAGCGCGGCUCUUCAGAGCAUAGAGGAUGUGGACUCCGUCACGAACGGAGCGCCCAGUCCUCAGAAGAUAUUGGCCUCUUCGGAAAUCGCGGCUUGUCUCAUAGAGCUGAGGCAGUGCGUGUCCGACACGGCGCACACUGCGAUGACGCUGAGGGAGGACGAGACGUUGAGCAGUUUGCUCGAUCUGAAGGAACCCUUACUGGACCUACAGGUGGCGCUUGCGUCCGAAGAGAGAACCUUUCAAGAACUUCAAGUGAUACGCAAGGUAAACUUGCCUAUGGAGAAGAUGAAGGUCGUGUUAUCCUCCGUGCUGCGACAUUGUGAAUCGAAGGAGACGAUUCAAGCGGUAAAUGACAUCUGGAAAAUGUUGGAAGAAAUCGAGAAGCAGCUGCCGAAGACCGUGGCGAGGAUAAUAGAAGUUGAGGAGGCAAAGAGACAUAAUCUGGAGGGUCUGAAUCUGGACCACAACCUGAGCAACAUCCACUUUGCCUUGUCUUCAGCUUUGGAGAAACAGGAGAAGAGUUUCCCGAACCGAAUAACGAGUUUGACCAUCUGUAUCGAAGAACUGAGACAGAAAAUUGGCUCUUCCGCUGUGGCCAUUGCAAACUUGAAGAAUCCCGUUGACGAAGAAAUAGUGGCACAAGUCUGUCAGGUGAAGGAGACCCUGCUGAGUCUGCAGAGGUCUCUGCUGACCCAGGAACACGACCCUGAAGAGGAACAGUUGUUGAAAGAUUUGAUAAGUCCGGUCGAGAAGCUGAAGAGUAUCGUUCAGAGCAUCGUGGACAGCGACGCGAAGUCCGACGCGGUUCUUCCGGUUUUGGAGCUACUGGAAGAGAUAGAGAAGGACACGCCUCUGAUCGCGAAGGAGGCAUCCAAGAAGAAGGCUCAGAAAGAGUCAGAGAAAACUAAGGCUGAGGAGAAGAAGCAGAAGACUCCCACUUUUGAACUGGCUGACAAAAUCAGUAGAUCUCUGGAUCCCAUGAAGCACUGGCUCUCGACUACCUCUGAAGACAGCAUCAAAGAGGAGGAGGAGUCCGGUCUGAGCUCAACGGUGGGUGAACUGAAGCGGGAUAUGAACAAAAUCGCCAUAGAAACAUCUUACUCUGAACCACCCACUGAUGAAAGCUUGAUCGAAGCUCUAAUCGACCUUCAGGAACCCCUGACCAGGCUUCGCAACGCCAUAUCGAUGUACCAUGAGCCUACAGAUUUAAGCACCUUGGAAGGACUCGGUCAACCUAUGAAGUAUCUCCUUCAGACUAUCAUGACAGUUCUCCGAGACCACGCUGAAGAGCAGUCCCUUCAGCCGGUAGUUGACAUCGUUGAAGAAAUCGAAAACCAAAUCCCUAUUUCUAUAAAAGAGGCUCUUUACAAGAAGGAGCUGAAGGAGAUGGUGAAGUCCAUGACGCAAGAGACGCCGGCAACGUCUCAGGAGACCAUUCAGGAAGAAACUAUUCCGAAGACCGAAGUUGUGGUGCACACUUCUCAGGAAACCACAGCCGAGGGCACCCUGGCGAGCAGCACCAUGCUUCAGGAAACACAGCUCACGGAGUCCGUGAUCGAGCAGACGUCCAUCGAGGAGACCUCUCAGAGAACGGACCAGAUCACCAUGAUCGAAGACGUCCCAAAGAAGGAAACGGAGGCGAAGAAGGAAGAAGCAACUAGGCUGAUACUUUCUUUGUCCAAAAUUUUGGAGAAUGUUCAGAUGGACGUGACGGGUAUCCUGGAGGACUUCGAGCAGCCCACGGCUGGAACCACCACCCUGCCAACUUCGAGUCUGGCUAAUACUUUGGAAGAACUUAGGCAAACGAUUUCAGCCAUGAGGGUGGAGACUGGAGGUUAUGGACGAUCCGUUCAUCCAUAUGAAGAGACUGUUGAAGAAACGGCUUCCGUGUUGAAGUACCUCGUGCAGCCUCUGAUUAAUCUUCAGGAAGUUCUUCGGGAGCAUCAACACGGCGCUAGAGAGCUACUGAUCUUAAAUCACCUGAUUCAGCCUUUGAACGCUAUCGAGGAAGAAGUGAUCAAUCACGCGGUAGAGAAGUUGGACCGCCAUUCCAGUUUGGUGGAAUGCAGUCAACCUGUUCUUCGUCUUCUCGAGGAGAUACGACAGAGCGUCCCAGUUGUGGUGAAGGACAUUUACUCGAGGCAGGAGCUGCUGGAGUCUCUUCGAGACAUCUCGAAGCCUCUGGAGAACAUUGAAGAACGGAUGAAGGUCUUAGAGAACGAAACUGAAGACACUCUUGAGACGGACGUGGCGAAGUUCUUGGUCAAUCCGUUGGAGUACCUGCUGAACACCAUUAGCGUCACUUCUAGGGAGCUUCAGGUCCUGGAUCAGCGAAGGGAAGUGAUCAUCGAGCUCCGCAACCUUGUGGAGCCUCUGGUUGAGUUCUUGAGUUGUCUCUCCGUCGUUCAGAGCAGUCGCAAGAGUCUGGUUCCUGAAGCGGCCUUACUAGAUGAAAGGCGUAACGUGAUCCUCAAGGCUGUCGAAGGUCUACAACGUCAAACUUCCAGCAUUCUGGAGAGGAUUCCCAACCUUGAAGGAGCAUCGCUCUUCGAGGGACCACUGAUGUCAUUAAAGAACGCGACUGCCUCCGUCCAGAAGCAGAUUGGCAAAACCGACUACUCCCGACGACCCAGCAGCGUCGAAUUCGCUCUUCAGUAUAACCUUGCCUGCUCAUUCGAUCAUUUGGGUACCACAAUCGCUACUUUGGAAGAGAACGCUGAUGAACCGAUCAGGCAGGUGAUCUCCAAGUCCCUGGAGGCGCUUCAGAAGCAGAUAAGUUUGUCGCAGACGCAUUUCCUGCAGAACAGAGAGCAGCCUGUUGACGAAGAAGCUAUUGUGGAAGGGUUUCUGUACCCGACCAAUCAGCUUCAGUCGGCUUUGACUGUGUUGAAGGAGAAGAUCGACGAGAAGACGAUACCGGCUGUAUCGAUUCAGUCGGCGAGACUUCUUCAGGCACUGGCGAGUUCUACGUCGCAGUUGGCUUCUUCUUUGUCGUUGCAUAGGGUGCAGCUGAUUCGCAAUGGAGCGUCUGAAGGAUCGUCUUUGGUGGAAACUUUGGCGGCUGUGGUUGAUGUUCUGGAGAGUGUGAAGGACUCCAUUAUAGCGAUUGAGAAGACUGUCAAGAAGGAUGUUGAGGGGAUGGAGGAAGUUGAGGAUAGGACUGCUGUAGUGAAUGUGCCGAUUACUAUCACGGAGAUUGAGACUGUUGUGGAAGAGGUUAUUGAAGUUUCGAAGGAAGAGAUAGAGAGUGUGCUGACGAUUGAGAAGUUGUCGCCUGAGAGGGAUGAGGUGAGGAUCGUGGAGGUGAAGUCGGAGGAAAUGGGUGGGGAAACGAUGCUUGCUGUGAUGAAAGAUGAUAGCGUGAAGAAAGAAGAAAUGAAAAAACAGGAAUCAGGAGAGAAAGAUGUUUCUUCAGAGAAGAAAGAAGAGCAUGUUGAAAAGAAAGAGGAAAUCGUGAAGGGAAGCGAGAAAGUAAUAUCUGAACAAACAGAAACGAAAGAAGAAAUGAUAGAAAUGAAAGAAGCAGAGAAGCUGACUGAAAAGGUAGAAGAAUUGUCAAGGAAAGAAGCAGAUGAAAGUACGAAAGUGUCUGAGAAAAUAGAAAAAGAAGAAAACAUAGAAGAGCAGGUGAAAGAAACAGGGACAGUGGAAACAUCAAGUGAAAAAGUAGAAGAAUUGGUAAGGAAAGAAGCUGAUGAUAAAACAAAACAGUUUGAGCAGAUAGAGAAAGUGGAGGAAGAAGUAAAAGAAAAGAAGGAGGUAGAAAUGUUGACCGAGGAAGUACAGGUACAGGUGAAGAAAGAGACAGAUGAUAAAACAAAAGCAGUUGAACAAGUAGAAGUAGAGAAAAAGGAAGAAACAGUGCAAGUACAAGAAAAGAAGGAUGUAGAAGUGAAGAAAGAUGAAGAAGUAAAGAAAGAAACAGAUGACAAGGCAAAAAUGUCUGAAAAAGUAGAAGAAAUAGUGGAAGAACAAGUAAAGGAAAAGAGAGAUGAAGAAAUGUUAAUUAAGAAAGGAGAAGAAGAAAUAAAGAAAGAAACAGAUGAGAAGGCAAAGGCGUCUGAAAAAAUGGAAGUAGAGAAGAAAGAAGAAAUAGUACAAGAGCAAGUUAAGGAAGAUAUACAGGCACAAAUAUCUGAAGAAGCUAAGAAAUUGCAGGAGAAAGAAGAAAAAGUGGAAGAGCAAGUAAAGAAAGAAGGAAAGGAAACUUCAAGUGAGAACGUAGAAGAAUUAACAACAAAAGAGAAGACUGACAAAGUAGAAGAGCCAGAGGUUAAAAAAGAAGAGCAAGAAAAACAAGUAAAAGAAAAGCAAGAAGUAAAAAUAGUAUCUGAAAAGACGGAAGAAUUGUCGAAGAAAGAAGUGAGUGAGACAGAAACAUUGGAACAAAAAGAAGAAGUUCAAGAACAAUUAAAAAAAGAAAAAGUAAUUGAAGCUUCAACUGAAAAGACGAAAGAAUUGGAACAGAAAGGAACAGAUGAGAAGGCUACAAAAUUGGAAAAGGAAGAAAACGUCGAACAAAAAGAAGAACAAAAAGUAGAGAUUUUAUCUGAGAAAGAAGAGAAGGAAGAAAGGAGUGAUCAAACCUCUGAACAGCAAGAACUUGUUAAGAAAGAACAAUUAUCUGAAAACCUUCAAGAAGUAGUAAAAAAAGAAGAGCAUAUUACUUCUGAAAAAAUAGAAGAAGCGAACAAAGAAGUAACAGAGAAAACAGAAGUGGUAACAGAAGAAAAAGUGACAGAAAAAGUGGAAGAAGCUACUGAAAAGAAAGAAGCUGAAGAACUCUCUUCUGAUCAAGAAAAAGUGAUCCAAAAAGAAAAAAUUGCAGAAGUUUUGUCAGAAAAAGUGGAGGAGCUAACAGUACAAGAGGAAAAGGUUGAAGCGUUACCUGAGGAAAUUGAAGAAUUAGCGAAAGCAGAAGAAAAAGUGGAAGUAGUGUCUGAAGGAACCGAGAAACCGAGAGAAGAGAAAGUAGAAGUGCGAUUAGGAAAAGUGGAAGAAGAACCUGAACCGGAGAAAAGUGAGAUGAGUACAACUGAAGGAUCGGAAUUGAUGAAGAAAGACGAGAUGGUGGAAACAUUGACAGAGAAGAAAGAAGAAAAAGUAGAGACACCAGCAGAAAAGAAAGAAGACAAGGUAGAGAUACCAGUAGAGAAGAAAAAAGACAAGGUACAAACAUCAGCUGAAAAGAAAGAAGAGAAGGUAGAAUUACCAGUAGAAAAGAAAGAAGAGAAUGCAGAAACAUCGGCUGAAAAGAAAGAAGAAAAAAAAGAAGAAAAACUAGAGACACCAGCUGAGAAGAAAGAAGAGAAGGUAGACACAUCAACAGAAAAGAAAGAAGAAAUAGGAGAAACAAGUAGACUAGAAAAACCAAAAGAAGAGUCAUCUCAACAAGAAGUGUUAGCAGAAAAAAAAGAAGAAAUAGUUAAAGUGACAUCCGAAGAUGCAGAACUAGAGAAGAAACUGAAAUCCUCUGAAAAAACUGAAGAAGCGAAACAAUCCACCAGCCAAACAACAAGUCAAACAGAGGAAGUAGUAAAAAAAGAAGAAAAAGUAGAAGAAAAAAAAACGAUAGAAAAACCUGAAGAAACACCAUCAAAAUCAGUAGAAAAAGUAGAAGAAUCUCUAAAAAAAGAAGAAGCAUUACCUUCCAAACCAGAAGAAUCAAAAAAAGAGGAAGAAAGAUCCAAACAAAUACAAAAAACAACAAACUGCAUCGUCACCGUAGAUCAACCUCUCAAAGACUUACGAGAUCUCGUUUCUUCAGCCUUGGAAGAACCUCUCUCCUCCAAAUCCGAAGAAGAAAAGCGAAAAAUCCGAGAACUGACCGCGCUGAUACAAAUCCUGUACGACUUACGAGCCACCAUCUCCUCGAUCCAAAACUCUGCAUCGCCUUCUUCGAUCCCAGAACUCGAAGAGCGCCUCCUACAUCUGCUGACCACUUUCUCAUCCCUUGAUCAAUCUGCAGAAAAGAUUCUUCGUUUGACUCAGAAAGACCUGACGCCCGCGUUGAAGGAGAAUGUGAUGGUGUCUCUUCAAAUUUUCCUGGAACCUCUGGACACUCUUCGUCAGGAGUUCACUUCUCUUCAGCAGACGGCAGUAAAAUCCCCAGAGUAUAUUUCGCUGUCUAUAAACAUUCAGAACGUGACAGAGACGAUUAGCCAGUUGAUGCAAGCAAUACGCAAAACCACAGAGCUGAAGAAGGUGAAGAUAGUUGAAGAGAUCCGAGUGAUGGCGUCGAUGAGCAAAGAAGAAGACAUUGAAGAAACCACUGCGAAACCGCUGGAGGAGCUCAUAGAAGCCAUUAUGGUAUCUCAAGAGCACAUGAAACCUGACGCUUCUCCGUUCGGAUCAGUUUCGCCCUCUGUGGAGCCAGCAGAGCAGAAGCUGGAAGAAGAAAUGAAGCUGGAAGCAGACCUCGUGGAGAAGAUAGUGAGUCCCAUACAAAAUCUGCGAGAGUUGGUAGCAAAAAUCGAGAAGGAGGAGCUUGAAGAGACAGAAAUGCUGGAUCUGGAAACGAAGAAGACAACUACCGCCAUUUUGAACACUAUUAUUCAUCCUUUGGAGGAGCUGGAGCGAUCUCUGAACAUCUCUUCCGAACAAAUCGUGCAAACUGAAGAAACGGUCAAGGAAAUGACACAAACAGCUCAACCUUUGCAAUCUUUGCCUGUUGGGGCGGUGUUGGAGGAACUGAAGAGAUCUAUCGCCACCAUUCAGGAAGAAGUAACGCUGGAGUCUGUCAAAGCAACGAAGACAGAGAAUAAGGCGGUUGUGAAGGCGAUCGAGAAGUCGCUGGAGAACCUGAAGUUCUCCGUGGCCACCGUGCAGAAGAUCGCGAUGACUGCCUCUGAGAGCGCAGAAGAAAUGUCCAGCCAGAAGACGUUGGCUGUGGAGACUUUCGUGAAAUCCGUGACCGAAUUAGGUGAAAAAUGCCUGGCGAUUGUCACUCACCCAAAAACUGUGGUGGAGGACGCAACUCAGAAGCUUGAAGAAGUUUUAGAGAUGAUGGUGCAACCUAUACAAGUUCUGCGCGAGAGCACGGCUGAAAUAGAGAUGCACAAAGCUGAAGAGAUGCAAAUGACGGAGAUGAACGUGAUCGAAGCUCUGAAACCUCUGGUCCAGCCUCUAGAGCAACUAGAGCAACUACUGUGCACAGCUGUUCACCAGGACAGCGCAAUGAAAACAGAGUCCACUGAAGAAAUAAAAGAAACUUCAUCCGUAGAGAAAUUGAAACUCACGCCAGUUUUGGAGGACUUGCAGAAAUCCAUCGCGGUAGUUGAAGAACAGAUGACUCUUCAAGCUAAAGAGGUCUCUUCAUCAAGUGUCAAAAUGGAGGCUUCCGUAGCCGAACUGAUAGAAAGUCCUCUGCAGAACCUGAAGUCCGCGAUGGCGACCAUACAGAACCUCGAAACUGAAGAAACCGAAGAACUCACAAGUGAAGAGAGGACUACGGCCCUGAAGGCGUUCGCCAGGUGCCUGGAAGAGAUUGGCCAGGUGUGUUCCAUAGCUUCCAGCCAGCAGAAGGUAGAAAGUCUUCUGCCGCAGCCACAGGUAGCCAAGUUCGAGCAGCAGGUACUUGAAGCUAUAUCAGGUCCUCUUCAAGUACUGCGAGAAACGGUGAACAAGAUUGAAACGCAAGAAGCUGAAGAACUUGUGACUGAGUCCAAGGAAGCGGCCAAUGUGUUGCAGACGUUGGUGCAGCCUUUGGAGCAGCUGGAGAAGUGCUUAUCGGUUGCUGUGGAGCAAGGCACCUCUGAAGAAAUGAAGGAUAUCGCAACGGAAAUGAAGGAGGAGGUCUCUAAACUAAAUGUGGAACCAGUUCUUCAAGAACUGCAGAAGUCUAUUGCAACGAUACAGGAACAGGUGACCUUCGAAAGUGGGAAAGAGUUGGAUGGUAAAUUGGAAACCUCCGUGGCGAAGGCUAUUGAAGAACCGUUGGAGCAACUGAAGGCUUCAGUGGCGGCUGUUGAAGAGAUAGUGAGCGAGCAGACGAGAGAACUGUCUGAAACGGAGAAGGCCUCGAUCUUGAAGUCCUUCGCGAAGUCUGUUGAAGAGAUUGGACAAAGAUGUGUUGCUGUGAUGUCUCAGCAGCAGGCGCAGUUAGCUCCUAGGAAGCUGGAGCAGUCGCAGGUGGCGAUUCUGGAAGAAGCGAUCAGUCCGUUGAAAGCGUUGAGGGAGACCAUCGACAAGAUCGAAGAAGAAAAGCUUCAAGAAGCUCAGAAACUUGAUACCGUGGAGACUAAACAGCUUGAAGAGACGUUGAAGGUCCUUGUAGAGCCACUGCAGAAAUUGGAAACCUCGUUGUCUUCGACUGUGCAACAGGCAGUUUCGAUGGAACCUGAAAAGACUGAAGAAAUGAAAGAUAGUGUAUCCCCUCAGAAGUUGGACAUUUCCCCGGUUGUUGAAGAGCUGCAGAAGUGUGUGGCGACUGUUCAAGAGCAGGUCAAGUUGCAAACAACAACAGCAGAUUCCGAAGAGAAGGUUUCGUUAAUGAAAGCUGCAGAAAAGUCACUGGAAGAACUGAACUCUUCACUGACGAUCAUCCAAAGUGUCAUCGCCACCGAAACUAAUGAAGAAGAAAAAAUAUCAGACAUCGAUAAAAUAGCAGCUGUUCAACAGUUUGCGAAGUCAGUUCACGAACUUAAAGAGAAGUGCCUAGUAAGUCAACAGCAAGUUGAAGUGAAGGGAACGACAAAGGAAAUGGAAAAAAUUGAUGCUAAAGCUAUGGAGACAGUUGUGGUACCUCUUCACGCGUUGAAGGAAACUAUUUUGAAGAUCCAGGAAGAAAACUUGGAAGAACUGGGAACACUGGAGUCGGAACUGAAGUUGCAGGUGCUAAAUCCUCUGGUGCACCCUCUUGAAGAAUUAGAAAGGUGUCUGAUCACCACAGUUCAACAAGAAAGUCAUCAGAAACUGGAAACUUCGGAAGAAAUGAAGAAAGAGCCUCAAAUGACAGUUUUGCCGAUACUUGAAGAGCUGAAGCAGAACAUCGUCGUGGUUCAAGAGCAGCUGGCUAUGGAACCCGAAUCCAAGUUAGAAGUUGUGAAGAACAUAACCGAAGCUAUCGAAGAACUGAAGACAUCGGCCACAGCUGUUCAGCAAGUGGUGGAACAAACUGAAGAGAUGUCAACUUCUGCGUUGGAAUCUUUCGCGAAGUCGAUGGAGCAGUUAGAAGAAAGGUGUUUGGCAAUGGUCAAACAACAGAAGGUAGAGAAAAUCGAAAAACCUGAGAAACAACAGGGAAAACUGGACGCACAGGUUCUUCAGAAGAUCACCAACACGGUUCACGUCUUGCGCGAAUCUUUGUCUCAGAUCGAAGAAGAGAAAAUGCAAGAAGCUAAAGAGCUGAAGGUAGAAGAAACUGGUAUAAAAUUGAACGUUCUUAUCGAGCCUUUGAACGUGUUAGAGAAAGCUUUGAUAACAGCAGUGCAAGAAGAGAAAAUGACGGAAGAAACCACAGAAGAGCUGAAGAUACCUGUAGAGAAGUUGAAUUUACAACCCGUUCUUGAAGAGUUGCAGAAAUCGAUUAGUAUUAUCCAACAAGAGACAAGCGAAACUGCAACGUCUAUGGAGGAAUCGAACAUUUUGAAAAUGGCGGAGAAGAGUCUUGAAGAAAUGAAGUUAUCUGUCGCUACUGUUCAGGAGAUAGUUCAAGAUCAGACGCAGGAUAUCAAGGCAGAGAAAUUGGAAGCUGUUGCUAGAUCUGUAGAAGAGGCGGGAGAGAGUCUUCUGGCUGUGGCGAAGCAGCAGGAGAUGAAGAAAGUUGCUUUGCGCGGUGUGGAAGAAGAACAGAAGGUCUCUGAAGACUUCGUGAAGAUGGUAGUGACACCUAUUGCUGAGUUAUAUAACACCAUUGUGAAGGUCGACAAAGAAACCGAAUCGAAAAAGAAAGAAGCGAUAAUAUUCCUGAACAUGGUGCACCCGUUGCAGAAGCUUGAAGAAACGUUCUUAUCAGCAGUGCAGGAAGUGAAACAGGAAAGCGUACAAGAAAUUCACGCGACAAUGCCAAUAUUACAAAAACUUCCUGUUCAAUCCACCUUGAAGGACCUAAACAAAAACGUGGCCGAGAUUCAACAACAACUAGUCCUCGCGAGAGAAACCUUGACCCUAACAGGAGACACCGAAGACCUAGCAGUAAUAAAGAAGCUAGAACGAUCCUUGAGUAAUUUGAGAACCUCUGCAGCGAUAGUUGAGCAGCUGACAGCGAUAGAAGAACCCGGACAACAAAUCCUCGAUGUGGAAAACGUGUCUGCGUUGCAAGCAUUCGGAAAGGCUGUUGAAGAGUUCAGAAAGAGCUGCGCAGCCAUAACUUCUAGGCCUGCAGUCAUGGCCAGCGUCAUUGGAACAAUAAACCUUGAAGAAUCAGCGAAGAAGGCAACUGAAGAAAUCAUUUCGGUUCCCAUUAAAAUACUGCAGGAAUCCAUCUGCACUAUCGAGGAGUUCAAACUGCAGGAAACAGGGAUCCUCAGAGAACCUCAGGAGACAGAGGUGAAGAAAGCUACGGUGCUAAGUGAACUGAUAGCACCUCUUCAGCAGCUGGAGCAGUCGUUCAUGGCUGCUAUACAGGGAGAGCACAUAAUCGAGCAGGCUACAGAGAGUUUUGAUUCUGACAAGGCUUCCUUUGAGAAGACAACCUUGAAGCCCAUUCUUGAAGAGUUCCAGAAGUCCCUUGCUCUAGUGCAGGAGCACAUGGUCCUCGAAGAGGGCGCGCAGAGUCUGUCAGAAGCGGAGGAAGCAUCUUUAAAAAUGAUGGCGCAGACCGUGACAGACUUGAAGACCUCCGUCGCUGCUAUUCAACAGAUAACCGAAGCACCUGAAAUGGCGAGCGAGAUGUCGAAGGCUGAGAGCGUCGCCGCCUUCGAGACCUUCGCGAAGUCCCUUCACAACCUGGUGGAGCGAGUGGCGACCAUCGAUCAUCAGCAGAUCAUAAUUGAACCGGCAGCAGACACCAUAUCAGAGGACGCUUCUUCCUUGAAGACCUGGGCGGACAUCGUAGAGGACUCACCGGUUCAGGCACUGGAGCCCAUGGUUGUCGACCAGGGCACCAUAGAGUCCCCUUCGGAAAUAGCUUUCUCGAUAUCCGAAGACGACGCUCAGGCCCUGAAAGGCUUGGCCAAACCUCUCAACGAGUUGCGAGAGUGUUUAGCCGUGGUUGUCGAAGAGCGGAAGUCGAUGGACGCGAACGAAAUCGCGCAGUCCAUGUCUGAAAAAGAGGACCUCUCGUUGCUGAAGACGAUAGCGCAGCCUUUGUUAGAGCUGAAGAACGCGGCGGUGUCUGUGAUACUCGAGCAGACCGCGGUGGAGACGGCUGGAGAGAAGUCGUUCGACGAAAAGCAGGAGACUAGCUUGAAUCCUCUGAUAGAACCUCUUGAAGAGCUCUGUCACUCGAUCGCACUGAUCGAGGACCAGAUUCUCGUCGAGUCGGCUCAAGAUCGCACGAUAGACGAGGUGUCCAUGCUGACGGCCUUGGCGGAGCCUUUGAUGACGCUGCAGAGAAGUAUUUGUGUGCUCGAAGAACGAGUACUGUCACCAGAUGUGGAGUCGCUGCCUGAGGAGUCCAACUGGAUCAGCGAGUGCCUGGCGGUUCCUCUGCAGGAAAUAGAAAAGUCGAUCGCAGAGAUUCGUGAGUGUACGGUCGUUGAACCUGAAGAGGUCACGUCGGACUGGUCCGUGGUUGAGAAACUGGUGCAACCUGUGGAGGUCAUCAGGAUGACCAUCGUUGACAUGAAAGCGAACGUCGCGGACGAAGUUAGGGAAUGUGACCUAAUGAAGAACCUGGUACAACCGUUGUCUGAGGUUCAUGAAAGCUUCAUGUUGCUGAAGGAUAAACCGAACUUGACGAUUGCUGAAGAAGAAGCGAGCAUAGAUGCCAUAGUGGAGUCUUUGUCUAACCUUGAGAAGAGUAUAUCGUUCAUAGAAGAACAGACCGCUGAGAAGAUUCAGCAGAUAGCAAAUGAAGAAGAGAGCCGAAAGGUAAUUGGAGCUUUAACCGAAUCUCUGCUGCAGCUGAAAGAGUCGAUCAUGACGGUGGAAGAUUCACCGACAGUGUACCUUGAAAACCUGGAGAAACCUUUGAAGGAACUGCAGUCGGCUGUGGAGACUGUUUCCAAAGCUCAGAGUGAGAAGGUUCGAAAAGAAGAAAUGAAGAAAAUCGUUUCGUUGGAGGAAGCUACUAGGAUUUCGACGAAGCUAACGAAUUCGAUUAAGGACAUAAGUGACUCUAUUGAAACGAUAGAUAAUAAGAUAGACAGCUUCAAAGGAUUGCUGGGUAUUGAAAUUCAAAUUGAAAAUGAAGCUUUGAAAACAUUGGCGAAACCACUGGAAGGACUGAAACAGGGAAUUGAAACUAUAUUGAAGAAAGAAGAAGUUGAACAAGCGGCGAUAGAUUCUCUUCGGCAACUGCGAAAGGCAAUUGAGGUCGUUUAUCAGCAGUCUGCUGAUAAACCGGUGGCUGAACCAUCGCACUCUGAGGUGGCGGAUAUUGUUGGUAUGUUGAGGACACUGACGCCAUGUUUGCAGGAACUGGAAACUUGUAUUGAAAAAGUUGAAAGGGUGUGGAAAGAAAAUUUAGCUGGGGUAGGGUUGGUAGAGCUGGAGAAACCUGUUACGAAUUUGAUGGAGACGAUUAAUAUAUUGCGGGAGAAAUUAUUGGGAACUGAUAUCGUGUGGGUAACAGAUGAAGAGAAGAAGAAAGAGGCGAAGAAGAAGGAGAAGGAAGAGAAUGAGAAAUUGAAGCAAGAGGAGGAAGAACGUAAGAAGAAAGAGGAAGACGAACGUAAAAAGAAAGAAGAAGAUGAACGUAAAAAGAAAGAAGAAGAAGAACGUACAAAGAAAGAAGAAGAAGAACGUAAGAAAGAAGAGGAGGCUGAUAGAUUAAAGCAAGAAGAACAGGAACGUAGAAAAAAAGAGGAAGAAGAACUCAAGAAAAAAGAGGAAGCAGAAAAAUUGAAGCAAGAAGAAGAACGUAAGAAGAACGAAGAAGCUGAAAAAGUGAAACAAGAAGAAGAGCGUAAAAAGAAAGAAGAAGCAGAGAAGCUGAAGCAAGAAGAAGAACGUAAAAAGAAAGAGGAAGCUGAGAAAUUAAAGCAAGAAGAGGAAGAACGAAAAAAGAAAGAGGAAGCAGACAAACUGAAGCAAGAGGAAGAAGAACGUAAGAAGAAGGAGGAAGCAGAAAAGCUGAAACAAGAAGAGGAACUCAAAAAGAAGGAAGAACAGGAAAGAUUGAAGGCAGAAGAGCAAAAGAAGAAAGAAGAAGAAGACAGAUUAAAACAAGAAGAGGAGCGUAAAAAGAAGGAAGAAGAAGAUAAAUUGAAACAGGCUGAAGAGGAACGUUUAAAACAGGAAGAAGCUGAGAGACUAAAACAAGAGGAGGAACGUAAGAGAAAGGAGGAAGAAGAAAAAUUGAGACAGGAAGAAGAGGCACGUAAAAAGAAAGAAGAAGAAGAGAGACUGAAACGAGAAGAAGAGGAACGUAAGAAAAUGGAAGAGGAUAAACUGAAAGAAGAGGAGGAGGCACGUAAAAAGAAGGAAGAAGAAGAUCGGUUGAAACGAGAAGAAGAGGAACGUAAAAAGAAGGAAGAGGAAGAAAAACUGAAACAAGAAGAAGAGGCGCGUAAAAAGAAGGAGGAAGAAGAAAGAUUAAAAAUGGAAGAGGAGCGUAAGAAAAAGGAAGAAGAAGAGAAAUUAAAACAAGCAGAAGAAGAACGUAAAAAGAAAGAAGAAGAAGAACGGAAACAGAAGGAGGAACAGGAAAAAUUAAGACAAGAAGAGGAGAAAAAGAAACAGGAGGAAGAAAAGUUGAAACAAGAAGAGGAAGCACGUAAGAAGAAAGAAGAAGAAGAGAAGCUGAAACAAGAGAAGGAAAAGAAACAAAAGGAGGAAGAAGACAAAUUGAAACGAGAGGAAGAAGAACGUAAGAAGAAAGAAGAGGCUGAAAGACUGAAACAAGAAGAAGAACGAAAAUUAAAGGAGGAAGAAGAGAAACGUAAACGCGAGGAAGAAGAACGCAAAAAGAAAGAGGAGCAAGAAAAACUGGAGCAGGAAGAACGCAAAAGAAAAGAGGAAGAGGAAAAACGAAAGCAAGAAGAGCAAGAGCGUAAAGAAAAAGAACAAGCUGAGAAAUUAAAACAGGAAGAAGAACGAAAGAAGGCAGAGGAAGAAAGAUUAAAACAGGAAGAAGAACGCAAGAAGAAAGAGCAGGAAGAAAAAUUAAAACUUGAAAACCGUAAAAAGAAAGAGGAAGAAGAAAAAUUGAAACAGGAAGAAGAACUAAAGAAGAAGGAGGAGGCUGAAAAGUUCAAACAGGAAGAGGACAAAAAGAAGAAGGACGAAGAAGAAAGGCUAAGAAAGGAAGAAGAAGAACGUAAAAAGGCUGAAGAAGAAAAGAAAUUGAAGCAAGAAGAGGAGCGCAAAAAGAAGGAAGAAGCUGAGAGGAUCAAACAGGAAGAAGAAGAAAGGAAGAAAAAGGAAGAAGCUGAGAAAUUGAAGCAGGAAGAGGAACAUAAGAAGAAGGAACAGGAAGAAGAGCAACGUAAAGCGGAGGAGAAAGCGAAGAAGAAAAAGGAGAAGGAAGAACGUAAGAAGAAAGAAGAGGCUGAAAAGUUCAAGGAAGAAGCGGAACGCAAGAAGAAAGAGGAAGCUGAAAAGUUGAAGGAAGAAGAAGAACAACGUAAAAAGAAGGAAGAAGCUGAAAAUCUAAAGCAGGAAGAACAAAAGAAGAAAGAAAAUGCCGAGAAAAAGAAGGAGAAAGAAGAGAGUAAAAAGAAAGAGGCUGAGAAAUUAAAGGAAGAGGAAGAACGUAAGAAAAAAGAAGAAACUGAAAAGUUAAAAGAAGAAGAACGUAAAAAGCAGGAAGAAGCUCAGAAGUUAAAAGAAGAAGAACGCAAAAAGAAAGAAGAAGCUGAAAAACAGAAGCAAGAAGAAGAAAAACGUAAACAAGAGGAAGUAGCAAAGAAGAAAGAAAAAGAACAGGCAGAGAAACAAAAGCAAGAAGAAGAAAUUUCCAAGAAAGCCGAAUCUGACUCCUUAAGGAAGAAAGAAGAAAAGUUAAAACGCAAGAAAGAGGAGUUAAAACAACAGCGAGAAGAAGACGAAAGAAAAGAAAAAGAAGAAGCGGAGAAACGCAGGAAGGAGCAAGAACAAAGAAAGAAAGAAAGAGAAGAGCGUGCCAAAAAAGAAGAAGAAGAACGCGCCAAGCGCGAGGAGGAGGAGCGUAAGAAGAAAGAAGAGAAAGCAAAACAGAGGAAAGAAGAAGAAGAACGUCGUCGAGCCGAAGAAGCUGAAAGGUUAAAGAAAGAACAAGAAAAAGAAGAACAAAGAAGAGAAGAAGCAAAGCGUCGACGCGAAGAACAAGAAAGACAAAUCAGACAGGAAACGGAGAAGAUCAGAAAGGCUGAAGAAGAGAGGCUACGAAAAGAAGACGAGGUUCGCGAGUGUAGAAGAAAAGAGCGAGACAUGCGACGCCAAGAGGAAGAAUCGAAACUACGCAAAGAAGAAGAGGAGAGGAUAAAAAGGGAGGAAGAAAGAAGAAGAAAGAGAAAGGAGGCAGAAAGACAGUGGAAAGAAGACGAAGAAGCAAUACGAAGAAAAGAAACCGAGCGUCUGGAACGCAGGAGAGCAGAGGACCGUCAAAAACGGGAAGAAAUGGACCGUCUCCGAAGAGAAGACGAAGAAAGGCGGCGCAGAAGAGACGAAGACAGGCAAACGAGACGGGAAGAAACAGUAAAAGCCUUGAAGGAAGAACACGAACGUCUGAAGAGACGACACGAAGAAGAAACCUCCAGACUUCGGAAGAGAAGACAGGAGCAGCUAAGAGACGACAGUUGGUCCCGAAUGAGACAGACCGAAUCUGACCAACUACUGAAGAGAUCCGACGACAGCUUUAGACUCAAAACCUAUUCUUCGGAUAUCGAUUUCUGGAGGGACAAGAUGCAUCGAUACGAUUCCGGUUUCGAAUCCGCGCUUUCUAGCGCGUCGCGGUCAUAUAGUUGGAGGGAUUCCUUGACUUCGCUGACGAGAAGAAGAGUGGACGAUUUUAUCGAUUAUAAGCUGAGGGACACCUCGAUGGACAGGUACUACUUCGACACGGACGGGUACUAUCGAAGAAGAAGAAAGAGGGACGAACGAAUCACUCGAGCUAGGUCGAUUAGUUUGUUGAAGUACGACGACUAUUCGACCGGGGAUAGCGAUACGACUAUCACACCUGCCAGCCCUAAAUUGUCUAGGUACAGCAGAACGAAAACGAGUAGUCGAACCGACCUGGAUGACCGAGGGUCGAGUCUAUCGCUGUACCUGCCGCCUAUUAAGAGCGAGAUCACACCACGUGAAAAAGGAAAGAAACCAUCGUUCUGCACGCGACUGACAAACAGAACCGUAGGCGAUGGUAUGAGAACAAGGUUAACGUGCACCGUACUGGGUCAUCCAGAACCACGAGUCUAUUGGACGAAGGAUGGCGAGAAACUCGACAUGACUUCUAACAAAUAUCGAAUUCGAUUCGAUAACGGUAUGGCUUAUUUCGAAUUGCAUGAAGCACACCUCGAAGAUUCCGGACUGUAUACAUGUGUUGCCGAGAAUGUUCAUGGAGUCGCGAGCACCGAAUCCGCGUUAAAAGUUUACCCUGAUUUCCAACCAGCUCUGUCACCCCCUACCUUCACCAGAUCCAUUAAGGACACUUAUCGACCUUCUGACAACGAGUUGAUUUUGGAAUGUCGAGUACGCGGCCAUCCUGUGCCACUGAUCUCUUGGUUGAAGGACGGUUGCAUUUUACAAGGCGAUCGUUACAAACAAUGUUAUUUGGACGAUGGAAUUUAUCGAUUAGAAAUUGCUGCACCGAAUUCGACGGACAGCGGACGAUACACCUGCAGAGCGAUGAACGACCUACGGACUGAAGAAAUAUCACACGUGGUUCAAUUUAACGAACGAGAUCGACGAGUUACGAGCAAACACGACAAAUAUUUAGACGACUACAGCAUCGAAGCUUUAAGGAGGCCUCGUUUCUCCAAUUAUUUGAGCGAUUACAGUGUUCCAACUGGUGGCACCAUUGCUCUUCAAGUUGAAGUUAAAGGAGUACCAGCACCGGAAGUAAGAUGGUUCCGUGGCGAAAAGAAAGAACCCGUUUCAAUUCCCAAAGCAAAAACCUUCACAGAAUCUGGAGUGCACACAUUAGUUCUACCGGAAGUGACUGAAUCCGAGAGAGGAACAUACAUGUGCAGAGCAAUCAACGCUUAUGGUCACGUGGAUAGUAUCGCCACUGUGGAUGUGAUAUCACCUAGUGCAAUCGAUGGUGGAAAGCCGGCCAUGUUCGUUUCGAGGCCUUCGGAAAAAUCUAUCACUGUCACCUCCGGAGAAGAUGUCAGCGUGUCCUUCAGAUUUUCCGGAGUACCCAAACCCAAAGUGAUUUGGAUGAAAGGAUUGACGGACAUCACCGAUGGUCUCCGAUCUCACAAGGAAGUAAUCGAUGACUACGUGAGACUGACCUUGAAGAGGGUGACACCUUCCGAUGAGGGCACCUACUGUAUACUUCUCAAAAAUAGAUACGGUUGCGACAGAAGUUUCUUCUCCAUCAAGGUGAAACAACGUGCAAGGUCACUGACGCCUGAUUGGAGUUCUAUGAGCAGCCGCACGGAAACCGGAAGUCUUCUUGGUCUCUCGAGCGACAGCCGCGACGAUGAAAUGUCCUACGUGAAAAAUGUUCCAGGACCAAUUAGCAGUGAACCAGUCGUUGUUGACGGAGGCAAAAAUUGGCUGUCAUUGAGUUGGGGAAAAGCUGAAAGAAGAGGACCAGCACCUGUCAUUGCUUAUAGAGUUGACGCUUGGUUACUAGGGAGUGACGGUGGAGCACGAUGGGUCGAGCUUGGAAUGACACCAAUCAACGCGUUCGACGCGUUCAACCUAAAACCCGGCGGGGAAUACAAAUUCCAAGUGACCCCAAGAAAUCGUUAUGGCUGGGGAGAGUCUGUCACGAUGACGAACUCCGUGAGGGUCAGCGAGGCCCUCGAUCUUCCGGAGUUCACCAAGAUCUUGCCAGGUCAGCUCAAGGUCCUCGAGGGAACGACAGUCGAAUUGGAAUGCGAGAUACGUAUGGAUUCAAAGGUAGACGUAAAAUGGUAUCGAGAGUCAACAGAGAUUGAUCCAAACAGUGAUCCCAGAUAUUCGAUCAAUUAUAACGGAUCGAAAUGUUCGCUUACUAUCGAGAAGGUUCAGGAGAUCGAUAAUGGUAGAUAUGUUUGUGAAGCGAGUAAUCUGGCUGGAAAAGCGUCAUCGUUCGCUAGGGUGCUCGUUGUUGAUGAUCCAAAGAUCAUCGAAGCAGAUGCAAAACUUAAAUCAAGGGUGCUAGCUGAUGAUACUGAAGAUCGACCACCAGAAUUUACCAUGAGAAUUCGUGACAGAAGGGUUCAAGCUACAUACCCUGUGAGAUUAACUUGUCAAGUGACUGGACAGCCAGUUCCUGAGGUCACGUGGUUCAAAAAUGGCGCAGAGAUUCGUCAAGAUGAACGCCACAUAUUCUGGGACGACGACUCGAACUUCCAUACCCUGGAGAUCACUCAUUCAACUCUGGAAGAUUCCGGCUGUUACAUGGUGACAGCGAAAAAUGUGAACGGUUCGGUGUCCUGUCGAUGUGUCCUGGUCGUCGACAAAGGGAUUCGUGCUUACAUAGCUCCAGAAUUUUUGCGUGAUCUUGACGCCGCUUACACGGUGAAAUUGGGUGGAGAUUUGAGAAUGACUGCUCAGAUCGAGGCGUAUCCUAGCGUCGGUGUCGUCUGGCACCGCGACGGAAAUCGUCUCCGUCCAAGCAGAAGAACAGUGAUGACCUUGAACCACGACGGCACGAUCGAGCUGACCUUGGCAAAGGUCACCCCAAGGGACGCCGGUGUAUAUUGUUGUACAGCCACCAACGAAGUUGGACACGCUGAGACUUCUACGAGGGUAUCCAUUAUUGGCACUGAAACUCAAGGUGAAAACUCGUCCCUCGAAGGUCUGCCAACUGUCACAGUGGCUACGCCAGACAUACCAUACUCGAAGGAACCAUUGUUCGUUAGGAAACCUCUGUCUACCGAAGCUAUCGAAGGUGAUACUGUUAUUAUUUCUUGUGAAGUGGUUGGGGACCCCAAACCGGAAGUCAUGUGGCUGCGCGACUUUCUCAAGCCUGAUUAUUACAGGGACGCAGCCCAGUUUAGGCUGGUGGGCGAAGGACCACAGUACUGCCUCGAAAUUCCAUAUGCGAAACUCGAUUUUACGGGAACCUAUUCCGUAAUUGCUCGCAACUGCCAUGGAGAGGCCAAAGCCGUGAUUUCUUUGCAGAUCUACGCGAAAGGCCAAGGUAAAGAGGAGAAGAUGAAGAAAUCAGGGGUUACACACGGGAACGUAUUGACUUUGCCUGUGAUCACGAGAGAACUUCGGGACCUCAGGUGCUGCGAUGGCGAUGCUGUUACUCUCGAAUGCAAAGUUCAAGCCACACCGGAGGCCCCUCUUGUUCGAUGGGAACGUGGGGGAAAGAUUUUGCAAAUGGGUGGCGACUUCUCAUCAGAAUUCGACGGAGAGACAGCCCGUCUCAGCAUCCAGCACGUCUACCCCGAGGACGAGGGCGAAUACACCUGCGUGGCUUACAACGACCUCGGAAAAGCAUUCACAUCAGCAUGUUUAAUAGUGGACGUACCUGAGGGGAAGGAAAACGUUCUGAGCCAAAGACUCACGAGGCCUGCAGGUUUGUUGUCUGCGGGAUCUACGCCGAGAUCGACGCCGAGGUCUACGCCGAUCAGAAGCUUGUCUCCUGCUGUUUCACAUGGCCGUGAAUUAAGAUCUCCACAGUUAUUGCCACGAAGUAGAUCCAUGUCAAGACGACAGAAAAUUAGUCCACCGAAAUUUUACGCGGUGCCGCACAACCGGGUCGUCGAAGAAGGUGAAACCGUACGAUUCCAGUGCGCCGUUGUUGGUCAUCCAACACCAUGGGUGAAAUGGGACAAGAAUGGUCUAGCUGUAACCCCUACAGCGAGGAUCUCCAUAAAGGAGAGAGACGAUGUGAAGAUACUGGAGAUCGUAGAGGUCACGCAAGAAGACGCGGGGUUGUACAGGGUGACUGUGGAGAAUGAUUAUGGCCGCAUCGAAGCGAGUGCUCGUCUGGAAAUAAUUAAUCGUCAGCUGCUUGGUCCAGUGUCUCGAACCAUCAGAACCAGAAGUGCGUCACCCAGAACUUAUCCAUACUUUGGACGAAGCCUUCUGGACACCACAAGUAGGAUAAAUGGACGACUAUAUCUGGAUUGCAGCAUCCGAGGAACGCCAAGUCCGACGCCCACGUGGUUCAGAAAUGGACGACCAUUAGAGCGAUCAAGCCGGAUAAAAAGAUUCUUCGACGGCAGAACCGCGAAAAUUGAAAUUUCAAAGGUGAAAGCAAGCGACGCUGGAGAAUACACCUGCGUGGCAACGAACGUCCUUGGCUCCACGAAAAAUACCUGCCAGGUGACCAUCCUUGACCCACAUGAUCCAUCUACCUGUGAUAAGAGUCCACCAAAGUUCUUGCAGGUGCUCCCAGAUGAGUCUAUAGUCAUGGAAGGACAUUGCUAUGAACUGCAAACAAGACUUGCAGGUACCCCACCAUUUUCAGUCACCUGGUUAAAAGACGACCGCGAGAUUCCUGACAACGAUUGCUACAAGUACAUCAUAUACAGCGAUGGAGGUAUCGCUCUAAGAUUGUCCAAUGUCUGCUCACAAGAUGCUGGAGAAUACACUUGUCUCGUUCGCAACAAUUUCGGAGAAGCGUCCUGCAACGGUCUCUUUGCUGUUCAAGAUUACAAAGGUGUUCCGAAAUUGGCACCGCAGUUCAUCAAGACCCCUCUGUCGGUCAUCACAUCGAAAGGUGAAACUGCUUGCUUCUGCGCUCGAGUACAGUGUGGAAAACCCAUGGAAAUCAUGUGGGCGAUCAAUGGAAAAGAUGUUAGAGAAAAUUCUAGGUGCAAGAUUGAAAAGGAUGAGAACGUGAGCAUCCUGAGGAUACACGACGUGUCCUCCCGAGACGUAGGUGAGAUCCGCUGCACAGCAUCCGUGGUUGGAAAAGGACCAUCCAUCAGCUGCACAGCGCAGCUACAACUGAACCGCCCCGUCCGCAGUUUCGAGAGCUCCAACGUAGAAGCUCGAAACGGAAGACCACCCAAACCUACCUGCUCUCGAAACAAUUCCCUGCGCAAACCUGGAUCAGAUAUUCCCUCUCCUCGAAAUCGACAAGAGUCCCCGAUGCGAUCAAGGUCAUCUUCUUUGCCUCUGAGAUCAUCCCCGAGUCGAUUAUCUCCUUUGACAACCCGAAGAGCUAUUCCGACAAGUCCUUUACUCGACGUCAAAAAAGAAAACAAAACGAAGAAAAAGAAAGAGCUGAGUCCCAGAAAAGUGGUGCGCACCAUAGGUCAAAAAUUGAAUCUAAACCUCAGAGUUUCCUCCAAUGAAGACGCGAAGAAUCAUGAAAUUUCCUCCAAUGAAGACACGAAGGAUCCCAAAGUUUCCUCUAACGAAGAGAAGAAAAAAUAUGAAGGUGGUUCGAAGGUGGACGAAGAAGAAAAAGGUUCCCAUUCUGGUUUCUGUAAGAAUGUCACGAAACCGGUGCAGGAUAAUAAGCACGAUAAUAUGCCGAUAAUAUGCACGGAAUGUUCGCCGGAAGAAAUGGAGGCUUCGAGGAAGGACGAAACAGUGACGAAAGAGGAGAAAGUGGAUUCCGUGGCGAAGGAAUUCGCAGCAGCCAGUAUUGUGAAGGUGCCGGAUGACGUGACGGUGUUCACCGGAAACAGAGUUGUACUCAGGGUCACGUAUCGAGGUCAUCCGGAACCGAGCGUCAAGUGGCUCCGAGCGGGUCGAGAACUGACACCAAAUAAAAAGACUGCGAUUACCUACGGUGGUGGAGUUUCCUGUUUGAUUUCGGAUGACGUCACUGCCGACAACGCUGGGAAAUACGAAGUAUCGGUGGAAAAUGAAUUUGGAAAAGAUCGUCGGUGUUUCAGUGUUGCUGUUGAAGGACCACCCGAUCCUCCAGCGGGUAUUCCCACCGUAUGCUGUUCUACAGGAACUGCCACCAUAAAUUGGCGAUCGUCGCCAUACGACGGAGGUUGCACGGUUACCGGUUACACCGUAGAGAUGAACCGCGCCGGUGAAAACACGUGGACGAGGAUCGCAGAAUCUUGUCUCUCCUUGAGUCUCACGGUACCAGAUUCCGGAAUAAAUACACCGACGCCUGGGGAAAGAUAUCGUUUUCGCGUAAGAGCGGAGAACAUACACGGAGUCAGUGAACCUGGUGACGAAUCUGAAUUCGUUAGAAUCCCUAAGGAAGGAGAGACGUGUUUACAGGAUGAUGAAGAAGAAUUCGUGCCACCCUUCGAAGCUCGACUCGUAGAAAUGGAGGAUGGACAAUUAUUCAACGACCGUUACGAAGUUCUAGAGGAACUAGGAAAAGGUCGAUACGGCGUUGUAAAAAGGAUCGUCGAAAAGUCUUCGAGCACGAAUUUCGCCGCGAAAUUUGUAAGGACGAUCAAAAGCAAGGACAGGGAGCAGGUUCGAGAAGAAAUUAGGAUCAUGAAUGUGCUACGGCAUCCUAAGCUUCUUCUUCUCGCUGCAGCUUUCGAGAGUCCUCGGGAAAUUGUUAUGGUCACCGAAUAUAUAUCUGGGGGUGAGCUGUUUGAGAGGGUUGUAGCUGACGAUUUCACCCUCACAGAAAGGGACAGUAUACUCUUCAUGAGGCAGAUCUGCGAGGGUGUUGAAUACAUGCAUCAAAACAAUGUGGUGCACCUAGAUCUGAAGCCGGAGAAUAUAAUGUGUAGAACACGAACCUCUCAUCAGAUUAAACUUAUUGACUUCGGUUUGGCUCAAACUCUGAAACCCGACACCCCAAUUAGGGUUCUCUUUGGUACACCAGAAUUUAUUCCACCGGAAAUUAUUAAUUAUGAGCCGAUUGGUACGGAAUCGGACAUGUGGAGCGUUGGUGUGAUCUGUUAUGUUUUGUUAACCGGUCUGUCGCCAUUUAUGGGCGAUAACGAUGCCGAAACGUUCGCCAACAUCACUCGUGCUGAUUACGAUCUCGAGGACGAGGCUUUCGAUGCAAUAUCGAACGAUGCUAAGGACUUCAUUAGUGGUUUGCUCGUCAAACGAAAGGAAUUGCGAAUGUCGGCAAGAAAAUGUCUAGAACAUCCAUGGAUGGCUCAACACGCUGAAGCAAUGAGCAGGAUAGCCUUGCCGACAGAGAAACUGAAAAAGUUCAUCGUACGAAGAAAGUGGCAGAAAACAGGAAACGCCAUUCGUGCACUAGGAAGGAUGGCAAUCCUCUCAGCGAACAGUAGACGAAGUCCUACGGCCACAGCCGAGUCUUCCCCCACCACCGAGCCUCCAAAUCCGAUCGAUUCUCCGCGCUCGAUCGACUUCGACUCAUCGCCCGACUCCAAGAAGCCCGAUAUCAAACCCGACAAUGCAGAUCCAAACAAGUCCGCUCAAAACGUGUACUUCUGUUAUAAGACAGAGGUGAACAUCUCUCCGGAAGAAACGUUAGCUUCUGACGAAACACGAGUCCCGUCGGACCUUGACGAGUCGUCCCUGAAAACCGAACCGACCUGGGAUCACGCUGGAUCGUGUUCCCGUGAAAAUGGAUCCGAAGAGAUCCCUGAAAGCGAUACCUGCGCGGACACGAUCCGCGAGGCUCACUUGGAGGAGCCAGUUCCUAUGGAGAAGAUCGAGGAGGAAGAGAUAAUCACGCGAUGCCACUUCGAGGAGAGGAUCUUGAUCAAGGAAGAGACACUCUUCGUGAAGACCUUGGACCCGGAAAGAACCAACUUCGAAACUUAUUCGACGUCCACCUGCAACGAGGAUUACUUCGAUGAAGUCACACGACCGAAGGAGAAUGAGACGUGCAAAAUAUGGAAGGAGAAGAGAGAGGAGACUUCGAAGGAGAAGGAUCCAGAUUCUAGCAGUUUGCAGAAGCUUAAAAGGGUCUUCAGGGGUGACUCCAGGGACUCCGGCAUUGGGGACUGUGUCUCGAAUAUGUCCUCCUCGUCGCAGCACGUGAACGAAGUUGGCAUUUCGUCGAUCAAGGAAGAGGAGGAUGGCGAGGGGAAUGGUAACGGAAGAAGCGUGUCCAAGAAGGUGGAACAGUUUGAGAACAGGAAGGAACAGAGGGAUAAAGGGAACUGUCAACAGGGUUCCGAUGCCUGCGAGCCAAAGAAAUGUGCCAAAGGAAGAGAGGUAGCUGGUGACGUGACUAAAGCUUCGCGUGAAAUUAAUCGACAGCAUGAAGUGGCCACCGAGAUUGAGGACCCAAGGUUACUAAUCGGACGCGUCCGAAGCAAGUUCGUGCCGACCGGAAACGUGAGUCGAACCGCGAAAUUAUUCGAAAAAGAGGCGGCACAAUCGAAAACACCGACGAACGUUCCCCAAGUGUCUCAGCGAACCUAUCCUGCGGUCACCGUGGUGGCUGCGAAGCCUCAAAACGAGAGAAUACAGAAAGCCUUCGCUUUCUGGAACAAAUAAUUCUCGUAAAACACGUUUUUUGUGUUCUCCCGACAGGAAAUAAUUAGUUUCUAAGAAUCGAAAUGUAUGUACAUGUCUUGUCCAUUAGAGUAUAAUUCACGAAUUUAUAUCGAAGAUUAAAAAGAAAGAGAACGAAAUCGACGAGAUAACGAGUUGAACUUUAGAACGUAUCGUUAUCGUAUUUAUUAAACGUUUCUAAUCAGCCAACUUUGGCCACAAAUCCCCGAUAUUAAUCCCUAGUUUCGUUCUCUUUUUUUGUCCUGAGACUUGCAAAAUUUUUUGCUACCUUAAUUUUUAACACUCACGUGUAGAUACAUUAAUUAUGAUUUCGUGUAGGAUGCUCGUGAAUUUUUCUCGCAAUGUAAAUAGCUGUCACUGACAUUUUACAAGCAUAGAUAUAAUAACGUAUUUAUUAUUUCACCUCGUACGCACCUUUUUAGUUUUCUUCUGAACAUAAGGAAGCGAUUACAUGUAUUUAUCGUAAGAAAUUACAUAUGAAUUUAAAAAAGUA